AUGAAGCGCCGCGCGUCGCCGCCGAUAAGUGCCUUCUUCCAGCGCAAACAGACCCGACGCAUCAGCGUCGAGUCCCUCAGCAGCGAAAGCGACCGAGACGGGAGCACCAGUAGCACUGUGCAAUUAACCGACACGGACGACUCAGCACACAGGAUGACCGAUCCCGUGCCGCAGCCUCUGCACCCGACGUCAGUCAUCGAUCGACGUGCCCCGUCUCGCCGAAGUGCUCGCGAAGAUGUGAUGGGUAUUCUCCAGUAUCGAGAGCUGGACGGAGGUGUCGCGAUGCGGCCGGAAGUUUGCAGUGUCCAGCGAUCACGACGACGACGGAAGCAGCUGCUGGUGCGCUGGGCGCUCACGCACUUCCAGAGACUGCCCGUGUCGCUUCGCUUGGGUCCGCAUUGGGAGCGGCAGGCAGGCAAUCUAAGCUCCGAGACGUUUUACGUCAGUUGUCUAGAGUUUGAUAGCCAGGGCGUCUUGCUCGUUGCGGGGGCGUCGAAUGGGGUCAUUGCUCUCUACGACUUUGAUGACGCGUUUCAUCGCACAUUAAACGUCGGUCAAAGAAUGCAGAGAAAAGAAGGAAAUGGAUCGGACAAAGGGAAAGACGACGACGAUGAAGGAGAUGAAGAGAUGAGGACAGACAGGACGCUGCAUCCGAUCCACACGAUCUUUACACCAUUUGAAGUCAAAUCCAUUCGCUGGAACUCCUUCAAUGAGGACGAGAUUGCAUGCUCCUUUACGAAUCGCAACGAGAUUCAUGUCUUCAAUCUGGACAAAUUUCCAAGCGAACCGUACAAAGUAUUGAAAAGCUCAAACCACCCUUCAAGCGGCUACAAUGAUCUCUUGUUUCUGCCUGCUUAUGGGAUGACACGGCGACCGACGGUGGCUUGUAUAAUUGCUGGAGAUGUAGACGGAGCUAUCCGAAUGUGGGAUCCUCGAGUUCCCCUGCGACCAGUAUGGAGUUUUCACACAGGAUCACCGGUAACGCCGAUUAACUCGCUGCUACUGUCGGAAAACAAGCAGUUUCUCAUCUGCGGUAACGAAGCUGGAGUGCUCAUGACGUACGAUAUCCAGCACAAGAUCGUCCCUGCGUUCGGUUCAAAGCCCAUACCGCAACGAAAAGCAGCAGUCAACGUGAUGGAGGCAAUAAAACCAUAUUUAUCGCCUGCUCUGAUCGAUGCUGUCCUCCUCACUAGUCGAUGUGGGUCCUCUGGAAUAAUGGCACUACAUCUGAUGCCGAACUCUAAGACACAAGUGCUGUGCCAGAUGCGCAACGAUUGGGUAAUUGUUAUCGAUUACCUUCUUGGCUCUGUAAUCAAGCUCCACACGUUCCUUCGAGGAGUAACGCCACGAGACAUAUUGAAGGGUGAUGCGCCUCCAUCCGUGCUCUCCGCAGCUUUACGAAACGACGACCAAGGCAAUUUCCAGCCGCGUACACUCCGCAAUUCGUGGCUCUCGUGCCAUCGUUGCAAAGGUGCAUUCUUGUUUGACAAGUCAAUCAUGUGCACGGGUAUCCACGACACCACAAGUUUGAACAUGAUUGACCUGCACCAUUUGCGGCGCAAUAAAUCAGACGCGAAUGGUGAUGCUGCGGCGAAAAUUGGAGCAAAUACCGAAGUACCGAUUGCCGAACGGCUCGAUCGAUUUCGAAUCCCCAUGAGCAGCGUCAUUACCGCAGUGGCCGCGCAUCCAAAUCAGCAUUCGGUAAUCUGCGGAGGCGAAAACAUGACCCUGCAGAUUAUGAGUGUGGUUGGCAACUAA